AUGCCGAAGCAUUUCACACUUCCUUCCUCUCUUGAGCCGUAUAAGGAGAUUGGUGACCCCCGGGCUCACAUAAAAAAAUUUCAAUCUAUGAUGUUUUUUAACGGACCUAAUAACGAUCAUGUGCUUUGUAGAGCUUUCCCUACUUACCUUGACAGAGCUGCUUUGCUUUGGUUUUUGAAAUUAUCUGCAGGCUCAAUCGCUUCCUUCGAGGAACUAGCAAGAUCCUUCAUCGACUACUUUGCAGUGGCGCAAAUCUAUGUACACGGAUCAGACUAUCUCAGCACCAUCCGUCAGGGCCCACAAGAGAGCCUGAAGGAUUACAUGACCAGAUUCGCAGAUGCCACCAUGGAAAUACCUGAUCUCAACCCUGCCAUUCACCUACAUCCUCUCAAAGCCGGUCUCCGACCUGGAAAGUUCAGAGAAAUAAUCGCAGUUAUAAAACCAAAGACACUAGAAGAAUUCCGAGAAAGAGCAGCAGGACAAAUGGAGACUGAAGAGCUCCGGGAGGCUGACAAAACUGAAAAGAGACCAAGAAGAGAGGACGACAGAACACCCAGAUUAGGAGGUACUAAAGACCUCGGUAAACCAUUCAAACUCACCCUUAAAUUUGACAACUACACCAACUUCAACACAAAGAGGGAAAGGAUAAUCAAAGAAAUACUCAACGCAAAGAUUAUAAAACCACCAGCAAGAGCUGGAAGUUACCAAGAUCAACGAUUCGUCGACAAAAACAAACACUGUGCCUUCCACCAAAAAUAUGGUCACACAACCGACGAGUGUGUGAUAGCCAAGGAUCUCCUGGAAAGGUUAGCUCGGCAAGGCCUCCUAGAUAAAUACAUCGAAGGACGGAUGUACAGAGAGAGUGACAGAAACAAAGAGGAACGACAGCAAGCCUCGGCAAGCAAAGAUACCAACAAAUGGUCAAAUAACAACCCACCUAAAGGGGUUAUAAACUGCAUAUCCGGAGGAUUCGCAGGAGGCGGCCAAACAACUUCGGCACGAAAGUGA